AAAGUGCAUUUAGGACGUCAAUUGAGAUCAUAAGUUAAGAUUUUGUAUGAUUAGACGAGAUGGGAACAAACCAUUGAACAUGUUUAGAAUUGAUCGAUAGAGCAGAGUUCAUGUUGCUUUUAUGUGUGCAAUCCGGUUAGAUGGUUCAUGUUGAUAUGAAAUAUGUAGAACAAAGAACUAUAUCAAAAAGAAUUCGUAUCUAAAAUAAUAUAAAAUCUAAUGAUUUUUCUUUUCUAUGUUUGAAGUAACGGUAACUUAACCAACGAACAAGUAGACCAUAUGUGAAUUGGAAUAUCACCAUUAUGAAAGUUACAAGUGAUUUAUUCAUCUGAUUAUUGCAAGUCUCGGAACCAAGUGGAGAUCAGGAAUGGAUUGAAGAUGAUCAAGUUAAUAUUCAAUUUUGUGGCUAAUCACCUCCAAUGAUCUAAAAAGAAAAUUAAUAUUCCCGCAAGUAAAGCAAAAACCAAUGGUACAAUUUUUUAAAAAAAAAAAUUGAAAAAACUAGUAACAACCUCAUGUUCAUUUAACGGUAUAUAACUAAUUUUCCCUCUCCUCUUCCACGUAAAUUGAACUUUGAAACCUACGUACUGGCAUUUAGCAAUAACUGCUAAAUUAAAAGAAAAAAACAUUUACGAAAACAAAUAUGCGGAAUGGAUGGAACGAUUCAAGCAAGAUGAAACGUUUUGCUUUUUUGGGAAUCACAUCUCUCUUUAUGACAAUGGCCCUCUGUGCAGAAGCCGAUGAAGGCAGCAGCCCAAGUCGAAAAACCGAAGAGAUUCACCGUGGAAGCAAACUAAUGAUAACAAAGACAGCAGUGAGUAUAAUAUGUUCCUCCACUGAUUACAAACAAGAAUGCAUAGCGAGUCUGGAGACUGUGAAGUCCCCGGAUCCUCGCAAUCUGAUUAGAGCAGCCUUCGAUCUAGCAAUCAUAUCGAUUCGUAGUGGAAUAAACAGGGGUAUGACUGAUAUAGAGAGCAGGGCGGAUGCGGAUGUGCGAACGAGGGACGCACUUAAUAGUUGUUGGGAGCUUAUGGAUUUUGCAAUUGAUGAUCUUCUAAAAACGAGGGACACAUUCAAGGGGUUUCUGUUCACCAGAUUGUCAGAUUUCAUUGACGAUCUUCUAGUGUGGCUAAGCGGUUCAGUCACAUACCAACAAACGUGCAUCGACGGAUUUGAAGGGAUUGAUAGUAUAGCGGCCGAAAUUAUGGAAAUGGUCAUGAGGAAGGGGCAGCAUCUCACUAGCAACGGUUUAGCGAUCGCCUCAAAUCUUGAUGCUUUGUUGAAGAUUUUUCGUAUUCCAAUUCCAUUUCUCAGGCCAGGAAGUGGUGGACUCGGCAUUUUUCGUUCGGAUUCUCCAGAAGAACAGCCGUUGGAUUCUCCGGAAGGUUCUCCUCAAAUGGGAGAUUCUUCUGAUAAUCAACAAUUGGAUUCUUCCGAGGUUUCUCCUCAAAUGGGAGAUUCCUCAGAGAAUCAACGGUUGGAUUCUUCCAAGGAUUCCCCUCUUCAAAAUUUGAAUGGUCCCAAGAAACGACCGUUGGAUUCUUCCGAGAAUCAACCGAUGGAUUCUUACGAGAACCAACCGCUGGAUUCUUCUGAGAACUCGCUUGAUUCUUCCAAGUAUUCUCCUCAUAAUUUGGACCCUUCCAAGAAUCGGCAACCAGACCUUUCCGAGAGUCGACCUUCAGAUUCUUACACUACCCAACAGUUGGAUUCUUCCAGAAAUCUACCGCUCGAUUCUUCAGAGAAUACACGUCAAAAGUUACAUUCUUCAGAAAACCGGCCGAUGGAUCCGCUUCGAGCAUUGAAUCCUUUUGGAAAAUUGGAGGAUAGACACUUAUCAGAGGAAGGAGGGUUCCCACGGUGGGUAACAACGCAUUCCCGGAGGCUGCUUGCAGCACGUGGAAGAAGAAUUAGGGCGAACGUAGUGGUGGCAAAAGACGGGAGUGGUAAGUGCAAGACGAUCAAACAAGCAUUAGCAAUGGUACCAAUGAAGAACAGAAGGAAGUUCGUGAUUUACAUAAAACAAGGUGUUUAUAAGGAAAAGAUUGAGGUAACAAAGAAAAUGAAAAACGUCAUGUUUGUUGGAGAUGGGCCAACAAAAACUAUCAUCACGGGAAACGUCGCAUUUUUGCCCGAUCGCAUCGGCACCUACCGCACUUCCACAGUCGCGGUAAAUGGUGACUAUUUCAUGGCGAAGGACAUAGGGUUCGAGAACACGGCAGGAGCAGCACGCCAUCAAGCAGUUGCACUCCGAGUUUCGGCCGAUUUUGCUGUGUUCUUCAACUGUCAUAUGAAUGGUUACCAAGACACACUUUACGUCCAUACACACCGUCAAUUCUAUCGUGACUGCCGCAUCUCAGGCACCAUCGAUUUCGUCUUCGGUGAUGCCAAAGCCGUUUUCCAAAACUGUGAAUUUGUCAUCCGCCGUCCCAUGGAUAACCAGCAGUGCAUCGUUACAGCCCAAGGACGGAAAGACCGGCGUGAGACGACCGGGAUCGUUAUCCACAAUAGCCGUAUAACUGGCGAUGCAACAUAUCGUCCCGUCAAAGCCAAGAACAGAGCGUUUUUGGGACGGCCAUGGAAAGAAUAUUCAAGGACAAUCAUAAUGAACACAAAUAUCGAUGAUGUGAUAGACCCAGAAGGUUGGUUGAAGUGGAACGAAACGUUCGCUCUCAAAACGUUGUUCUACUCCGAGUAUCGCAACAGAGGUCGUGGCUCGGGUCAGGCCCGCCGGGUCAGAUGGAGGGGUAUUCGACGAAUCUCUGCUAGGCAAGCCAGGGGGUUCGCUCCCGGGGAAUUUUUACGUGGCAACGCAUGGAUCACAAAGAGACGCAUUCCUUACAACGCUUAUUGAAAGCUUGUCUGUUUUUUUUUUUGCCAAACAUGAACCCAUGUCUCUGUAGUUCUAUCUUUCUUUUUUUCAAGGAGAAGCUCUUUGUGUAUAUAAAUCUGGAGCGAAAGAAAAUUUGUACAGUUUUUUUAUUGGGAGGUAUAUAGUAUAUGUAUUGUAUUCCUAGGUUCAUAUAUAUUGUCAGUUUGUCACCACUAAAACAGUCAACAUCCUAAAUCGAAAUCCAUGUCCCUCUCCAAUCAUUGUGUAUCCUCAUGAGGUUUCCAGAAAACAGAGUUAGAAUCAAAAGGACUUUCUCUGUUCUUAGAGAAAGCAGUGUAGACUAUAUCAACGGCGACCUAUAUAUUGAUUCUUGAUUGUUAGUGAAAAGGUUAGAGAUUGGUUUGUUUUUGUUGGUGUUAGGAUUCUAACCAUUCUGUAGAUCACUUUUCCUACUCCAUCUGAGAGGUAAGUCUGUUUUGAAGCUGUAUCAUCCAUUAACCGGGUGUUUUUUCUUCUAUGUUAGUUGCUGAUAUGAAUGUAUUUGAUGAUUACAUAUUGUCUUUAUAUCCGUUUGCUAGGAUCAUGUCCGAUCAUGCAUGGGAGUCGGGAGAUAAUAGGUACUUUCACUGUUCACGGCUAGGCAUGGGCAAAAAAAUCUGGAACCGCAGAACCGAACCGGAACCGAACCAAAAUACCUGAAACCGGAACCAGACUGAAACCCUCAAAUAUCCGAACGCUUACUAUAUUUCUAUAUCCAAAAUAACAGAACUGAGAACCGAACGAAUACCCGAAUAUAUAAAAAUAAUAAUUAUAUAUACAUACUGUAUAAGUUUAUAACAGAACUAAAUAUAUAUUUUUUUAAUUUAAAAAUCAAUUAAAAAUAUCCGAACACCCGAAAGUAUCAGAAACUAUCCGGAUAGUUUUAUCCGAAAUAUCCAAAGUAAUCCGAAAUAUCCAAACUUCUUAUUUAAAUCAUCCUAAUUAUUUGAUAUUUUACCAUAAAUAAGUGAUAUUUUAUCCGAGUUACCCGAACUACCUGAAUCCGAACCAGAACCAAAUGAGAACCAAA